AUGACUUCAACAAAGCAAGUGCGUGAUCUCAGGAUCGUUCUUCUGGGUAAAACUGGAUCAGGAAAAAGUGCAACAGGAAACACAAUCCUGGGCAGAGACGCAUUCGAAGUUGUUGAUUUUAUAAAAUCAGACAAUAAAUUGUGUGAGAAACAGAAAGCAGUGGUGGAGGGAAAGACCAUCUCAAUAACUGACACUCCAGGACUGUUUAAUACAGCUGUGACAAAACAACAACUGAAGGCUGAAAUGGAAAAGUGUGUAGAGAUGUCUGCUCCUGGUCCUCACGUGUUUCUGCUGGUGCUAAAGCUGGGUGUGAGAUUCACAAAAGAGGAGAGAGACACGGUGAAAUGGAUUCAGGAGAACUUUGGAGAUGAAGCUUUGUGUCGUACCAUCAUUAUGUUCACUCACGCUGAUCAGCUGAAGGGAAAGCCUUUGGACGAGUACAUCAGGAAAAGUGAUCAUUUGCAGGAAUUAGUUAACAGCUGUGGUGGCAGAUUUCACUCAUUCAACAAUGAGGACAGAAAUAAUCAAGAUCAGGUCACAGAACUGCUGAAAAAGAUUGACAAAAUAAUUCAGACAAAUGAAAUGAGCCAUUACACUAUUGAGAUGUUUAAAAACCAUAAAAUUUAUUAUAAAGUGUUACCAAAUUCCCUAAUUGUACCAGAUCUGAGGAUCAUUCUUCUGGGUAAAACUGGAGCUGGAAAGAGCACAUCAGGAAACACAAUCCUGGGCAGAGAAGCAUUUAAAGUGGAAAACUCUCUGGUGUCAGUUACAAAGAGAUGUGAGAAAAAACAAGCUAUUGUUGGUGGACAAAAUCUAUCAGUGACUGACUGUCCCGGCCUGUUUGACACUUCAGCCAGUCAUACAAACCUACAGACUUUAAUAUAUGAGUGUAUCCGCCUGUCUGCUCCUGGUCCUCAUGCGUUCCUGCUGGUUUUGAGAUUAGGGGUGAAUUUCACACAGGAGGAGAAAAAUGCAGUGAAAUGGAUUGAGAAGAACUUUGGAGAAGAAGCUGUAAAGUACACCAUCAUUCUGUUCACUUAUGCUGAUGAACUGAAGGGUAAACCUGUAGAGCAAUACAUCAGCAAAAGCAACGAUCUACAGCAGCUAAUUAAGACAUGCUAUGGCAGAUAUCAUGCAUUCAACAACGAGAACAGAGAAAAUCAAGAUCAGGUCACAGAACUGCUGAAAAUUAUAGAAAAAAUGGUCAAUUUUAAUGGAGGAAUGCACUACAUAAAGAAAAAAUGA